UUUUCUUUGGUUUUUAUGUAAACGAGGAUAGAAUGAAUGCCUGUGCAUUGGAGCAAGAGCGCAAGCUGAUUGCUCUACCAGUUUUCAGUACCAUGGCACAGGGAGGGCUGGCAUAAGCAGGUUCAUUGUGUGCUCCCCCCAAAAAAGUAUUCCAUUGAACAAAGUUCAGCGUUGGGCUAGUGCUGGCUCCUUAUGUGCAUAACAGGCACACAGGCAGUCAGUGGAGAAGAGCGAACGCAUUGCGUUGGUACCUUUCUGGAUUUGAUUCCUUACUCUGUUUUGGAUUCUUGGAUAUUUAUUAACUGUGGAAGCGAUUAAGUUCUUUUUGGAUUAGUUUCAACCCUUUGACUGUAUCUGGAUGGUGUAGUUCAUGGUGAAAAAGAUUCUUUUUAACGGUCAUGGAAAGAACAUUGGUUGAUACAUGAUGAAAACAUUACCAGCAUGAUGUCGUCAAUACUUGUCGAAAGAUUCACUCUCCAAACCUAACAAUCUACGGUGGGAUUUUAAUAUUACUGCUUGCUACAAGAGUGGUCCUCAUCCUGAACCGACAUCCUAAAGAUUCAACAGAUCCGAUACGGAAUAAUUUUACGAAUGGACUGGACUCUCUGCAAUUGAUUGGAAACGACACUUCAACGGAGGAAAGCUCCUUUUUCGAGAAGAGUCCGUGAAGGACUUCCAAAGUGUUGCAUUGAAAGCUAUGCUCAGAGCAGCAGCGGCAUCAUGAGACUGCCUUGCUGCUGUUUGAGGGCUCGUCCCGCCAUGUUUUCUAGAACUUCUGCUUGUUCAGAUCCUCUAAGGACGCUAUGGAUUGCGCUAUUAUUAUGUGUAAUAUGCAGUUGGACAUUAGUUUCAGUGGUUGGAGCAACAACGUUACGGGAUCCAGAAGUUCCACCAGAAGCUCCUCGGGAUUUGAGAGCAGUCCCAGUCAAAGCCGAAGCCAUAGUUUUAACGUACAAAAAACCAUUAAAAGAAGGAUACACUGGAUACAUUGUUAAUUAUUGUCUCGUAAGAAGAGGAGGAGGUACUUGCGAGACGCAAGAAAUUGAUGCCAAUACGACAGAAGUCGAAGUUACAAACUUGUAUGCAAACCACACAUACCGAUUCCAGGUGCAAUCAGUUUAUCCAGACCACAGAAAAGGAGCAUUUACCCCCUUCGUUGAAGCGACAGGAUUAAAACCAGAGCCACCGACAUUGAGGCGGAACUUCAAAGGGGUGGUGGAAAAGAGUCUCGGGUUUGACCACAAGAUACCCUGUCCAGUGAGAGCGGACCCUAGACCUUAUACCAGAUGGCUGAAGAACGGGACCGAUAUAAGAUCCAGCAGCCACGAUGAUCAUGUGAUCUUCACCAAGACGGCCAUACUCUUCAAGCCCUUGAAGUUGUCCGACGCUGGCCUAUAUACCUGCGUGGCAUCCAAUUCCUUCGGCAACCCCAUCCAUGUCAACUUUACCUUGAUAGUAGUUGACACGCAUGCAGAUUCUGCGUACGACGAAUCCAGCGUCCUGGAAUCCUUCUCUUCGCUGGACUACGACGGCCCGUACAAUGAAACGGAAGAAGAGAUGCACUUCCCGAGGUUCACCUACCCGGAGCGCAUGGAGCCGGAGAGGCCCCUACCAAGCCACACAAAGGUCAGGCUGGAGUGCGCAGCCAGAGGAACACCUACCCCUAACAUUACAUGGAUCAAGGAUGGAGAGAACAACUGGAAGCAGAAUGUCAUUAGACCUACAAGGGUUGAAGAGAAAGGUUUCCUACUGAUCAUCCGUCGGGCGAUCAUUACAGACUCUGGGAAAUAUACUUGCGUCGUGAGCAACCAGUAUGGCACCAUUGACCACACAUAUGAUGUCAAAAUCAGAGAACGACUCCCUGUGAAGCCCAUCAUGUCGCCCAUGAAGAACGUGACCGCCGUAGUGGGUUCCAACACGUCGUUCGUGUGUCGGGUCGUCAGCGACCUGACGCCGCACUUUGCCUGGAUGCGUUACAAUGGGACCAAUAGCACCAGACAGAGUCUGUCGGACAUUGAUGACCAUAUUAGUAUCCUUCAGCAACGAUGGGUCGAGGAGCCGAUGCUCACCUGCGAUGAGUUCUUGGACGUCUUCUACCAGAAUCAAUCAAAGAGGAUGUUGGAAUGUCUCCAUCUUAUUCAGCUUGAAACUCAAGGUGGGAUGGAAGAAGCCAAUCAAUUGAAACUCUACAAUGUCCAGUACGAAGACGAAGGACCGUACCUAUGUGUUGCAGGAAACUUCUAUGGCAUGAGUUGGGAAGGUGCUUAUCUGGACGUCAUAGAACCGCCGACGCAACCUCCAGAAAGAACACAGCCCCCUGCUGUGUAUAUUCCACCAAACACCCAGACAACGAACAAGACUCAUCUCAUCGUCUUCAUUGUGGUAGGCUUUGUUGUCGUUGUCGUCCUUGUGACAUGCAUAGCCAUCUUAUGCAAGCAGACCCAGGCUAGGCACCGGAGGCCACCAGACAAAGCGGGCAUUAACGGUACUCGCCCUCACAUCUACAGACAGAUGUCAAUCGACUCCACCAAAUCCAAUGCUCCCUUAUGUCAGUUUGGAAGGAAUCGACUGACGUCAUCAUUAACAGUCAUCUCAGAAUACGACAUCCCUCUUGAUCCUGAGUGGGAGUUCCCAAGGGACAGACUCACCUUGGGCAAGACGAUUGGAGAAGGUGCAUUUGGCAAGGUCGUGAUAGGAGAAGCUGUUGGCAUAGUAUGCCAGGAGAAGACGAGCACGGUAGCCGUCAAGAUGCUGAAAGCCAAUGCUAUGGAUCGAGAGUUCUCGGAUCUCAUCUCUGAGCUGUCAAUGAUGAAGAUGAUCGGAAAACAUCCCAACAUUAUCAAUCUUCUCGGAUGCUGUACUCAAGAUGGACCACCCUAUGUCAUUGUUGAGUUUGCUCACCACGGUAACCUGCGUGACUUCCUCCGAUCAAGACGUCCACCUGAGGAGUACGAGAAGUCCAUCCUCCUGACCACCUCCCAAACAUUGACCAAUAAAGAUUUGAUGUCCAUGGCUUACCAGGUGGCCAGAGGCAUGGAGUUCCUGGCUUCGAAGAAGUGCAUUCAUCGAGACUUGGCAGCCAGGAAUGUUCUAGUGACGGAAGACUUUGAGAUGAAGAUUUGUGACUUUGGACUCGCUCGUGAUAUCCACUACAUUGACUUCUACAGAAAGACUACAGAUGGUCGGUUACCAGUAAAAUGGAUGGCACCGGAAGCACUGUUCGAUCGUAUGUUCACCACCCAAAGUGACGUUUGGUCAUUUGGUAUUCUUCUUUGGGAGAUCAUGACGUUGGGAGGUACACCUUACCCUAGCGUUCCUGUUGAACAGAUGUUCGACUACCUACGCUCAGGCAAGAGAUUGGAGAAACCUCAGAAUACCUCGUUAGAAAUCUAUCAUAUCUUAUGUGAGUGUUGGAGGACAUCACCGGGACAGAGACCAACAUUCAGUGAGCUCGUAGAAGACCUCGAUCGCAUCAUCUCCGUCUCAUCAAAUCAGGAUUAUCUUGAUCUGGAAGCGGUGGGCGACGCACCGGUGAAAACCUUCCAAGAGAGCGAGCGAAUGGCUUUUAUGGGAUACAGGGCGCCGCUCUCGCCGCAGGUUUAUUACAAAGUACCACAAAGUCGGGACUGUUAUCCGUAUGCAAACUGACAGUGGCGGAAGGGAAGCAGGACUUAGCAUCUGGUAUGCAAUUAACAUUGUGAUUUCAUUUUGCCGCUUCAGACUUCAGUUUGUUCCGUUCCGAUGUGGAAUAUUUUUCUUGGUGCUACUGAUUAAGACAUGGAUGUCUUAUUAACGGAACUCUUUAUUACAUGGAGUCCAAUACAAGAAGGAUUGAGAACUGCCCUUGGAUAGUAUAGCGUUGCAUCACUUCAGAGAGCGCCAUCAUAUACCGCAAUAGACUCUCAUUUAUGCGUGUACAUAGAAGAUGAUUAAAUCAAAGAGAAUAUCUUAUAUGGAAAGCAUUGUAACCGAACGGCUACAAACGAACUGAAUUCCAUUAUGCAUUGUUGCAUCGUGAAGCUUCUAAUUCAAUUGCCUUCGAUUUCUUUGUGCUUUAUUGGACAGUUUUGUGUUAACAAAAGGUGUUGCCCUUUUUGGCGUUGGUGUAUGCCAAGAUACAGAAUUGGGAAACAGUAAAUCUUGGCUGUGUGGUGGACAUUGAAAGGACCUGACGUCAAACGGCACAGAAAGAGAACAUAGCACUGGGAUUCAGUGACUAUUAACGCAAGCUGCAUAAUUAUGUAUGCUGCUUGGAAAGUAAUUAUUUCUUGAUGUUUAACUGUGACCUCAUUACUUUGAAUGAAAGAAAAUAGUUGGAACAUAUCUAUAGAAUAUAUAAGCUAUAUUGUGUAUUUGGUGAAUAUAUAUAUGUUCAUUUGGUGUAAGAUAAGGAGGGCCUGUACUAUUAAAACUUGCCAUGUGUUCACUGCCAGCUCCUAAACAGAGUGAUAUUUAGUCCCUUUUUUCCAUUCUGAUAUAGCCACAUUAGUUAGACUAGUAUACUCCUGUAAAAAGAUAAUAAAGUACUUAAAGUAGACGUAUUUAAUACUUUCCUUGUGGGUCAAAUAAAAGUCUUUGAAUAUUCUCUUUCGCUCCUGAUGAAUUACUCCAAACCAGGACUGGCAUGAUGUGAAUUUAUUCUUUUUCUUAUGCUGUAGAUGCACAGUAUUUGCUUGAAAACCAAGUUUUAUCUCUUUAUUGUUAAAGAGCAAUUUUAGUACAAAUUUGAUUGUAAUUGUAAUGAAUUCUUACUAUUGCCAUUUCAUGAUGAAUUUUUGACCAAAAAAGAAAUUGAUCCCCAGAAAGGGAUUUAUGAACUUUUAUGUGAUUUUUUUGAUCUUCUGCACUCAAUGAAACUAAGUAUUAUUAUCAGUAGAGACUUGAGAGAAAAAUUAUGCCUUUCAAAUUCCUGCAUGUAUGCUCUUAAAUACAAAAUUUUCUCAGCUUUCAAGUUUUAUCUUUCACUUUUUUACCACUUGAAAACUGUUCUUAAUGAUAAAAAAUAACAGGACCUAGAUUUGUUGAAGUUUCUGCUCUAUGCAAAGUUCACGCCAGACAAAUGUGUUUUGAUGAAAAUUUGACAUUGUGAUUUAUUUUUGUACAUUAUGUAAUUAAGAAAUAUAUUGCCAACUGAUUUACAUUUUUUUUCAGAAGAAAAGUUUGGUCUUUCACUUGGUAAGAUUACUUUUUUGGAAAUGGCUGGAAUUUAUAUGCUCGAUACCUUUUUGAUUAAUUUCUUGUUGCCCGAGAAAGCGAUUCAUUUUAGUUCUCAGUAUUAUGGAGUAUUCAAUUGAAAUUAUUUAUGAAGAGAGACAAUAAUUUUGUUUGAAAUCUUUUUGUUACAAAAGUCAUGCGGUCUUAUAAAAUAUUUCUAUUGUAAUGAAUUGAUACGAUCUACGAUUUCAAUUUCAGAUUUGAUUUGAAUGUGUUACCUUGAAUCCUACAUACCUGUAAUCUCGCAGCAUUACAUCAUGUAUCACACAUGCCUUCAUACAUGUCAAUGGGUUUCAAAUUCAAAGUGGGUUGCUGCAAGCAAAUGCUGAAUCCGGACUGUUAUCAUUUUACUACUAGUUUUACUAAAAAAAAAAAUGAAAACAAAAAAAUCAAAAGCUGCAUUUUAUUUUCAUAGAACGCUUUUACACUGCUUUUUUAGCUUUGAUAAUACUUGUCUUUUUUCGUAUUUAAUUUGGAGAGCAUGGCAAUUGGAAACCAUAGCAGUUGCUAGUACCACCACCAAAUCAUUCCCACUUUUUUUCAUAUGUUCUAGUGGGAAUGACAUUUUGUUUUAUUCUGUUCAUUUUUGUUUCUACUCCUGUACUUCUUAAUAAUGUUUUACUCCUACUCCAUGUAUAGACUUGCAGGGUUUGUUAUCCAGCAUGUUGUAUUCACUUUUGCUUUUUAAAUAUCUUUGUUUUUCAUCUUUGUAUUGUCCAGUGUCCAUAGAAGUAUUACAUUUUUGAAAGCCAGAAAACAAAGUAGAAAUUACAUUAACCAGUUUGUUGUAGUUUGUUGCAAAAAGAAAUUCUUUCAGAGAUUGAUCAUAGUUACAACCAGUGCUUUGCUGAAAAAAAAAAAGAAUCAAGAAUGAUCCAAAUUUUAAUUCAUACAUUUAUAUUUUCGUAUUACAGUUCAAAUGAAUUAUGAAGUUGAAAUUGACAUUUUAAGAAUUGUAGUUUCAAACUUGUGUUAUUUUGGAGUUGACAUGAUGUUCAAUGUUUGAACACCCUUUUGAAGUAUUCUAUUAAAAGUGGGCUUCUUCACCCCCCCCCCCAAAAAAAAAACUGCCACUAUUAUUGUUUAGAUUCAGGUUGUUACUAUAACACUAUAUCCACGGAAAGACACUUUAUUUUUUCAAGAUCGUGGAGAGCCAGGAUUGACUUAAUAUUAAAACUCUGAUGCCCUCCCUCCCCCCAAAAGAUGUUCAAAUCAGGCCAUUAACAGGGGCAUGACUGUCCUGUCUUUACUAGAUAUCUUCAGCCCCAGCUCCCCUCUCUGAUAAAAGCUAAUUCAAAAGUAUUCAUGUUGAUGAAAUCUGAUUGUAAACAAAGAACACAGCUGUCUAGAAAUGUGUUGCAUGUACUUAAGGGUUUGUAGAAAAGAUUUUUCUUUUUCCUACCUGCUUUAUAUUGGUAUACCAGCAAACAUCAUUAAGUAGUAGGCUAUAUCUGUUUAGUUGUCUCUAGACAGUAUCAUUUUUUUCCCCUGCUGUUCUCAUUGUAAAACGAUCUGUAUAAGAAAGUACUUAAAAUGUGAGCAUUUAUCACCAUGAAGCGUUUUGUAUUCAAGAUGUUAUUUUUUUUGCAGAUGCAUUUUGAAGAAUAAGUGCAUCAUUAUUCUUGUGAAUAUCAUUGUAUUUGAAAAAAAAAAUGUCUCAAUUAUGUGCAAGGUGCUUAUUUGAAAGGGAAUUCAAAAGCAACAAUAUCUGUUCAUUAGCACUAAAAUUCCAUCUUUAUAAUCUAUUUGUUAAUUUUUGAAGAUGUACCGGCAGACAAUUUUAUCGCUUUGUAUUUCAUUCUGAGCCCAUAAUUAAAAGAAGGUAUACCCACACACUCCAUUUCUUUUGGAGCGUUAUUAGACCAAAUACCCUUUUGAACCAUGUCAACCUUCUGCAUCAACAAGGACAUAUCUCUGUGAGAUUUAAUAUUAAUGUCAAGAAAGUUAUGGAACUUUCAGAAUGACUGCAACCUCAAAGUUUGCUUAGAAUAUCGGUCCAACUACUCCUUUUUUGAUGCAAAAAUGCUAUCGCCUAAAAGGGCGAAUGGGCCUGAAGGAGGUGCGAGUUAGUUGGGUUUUUUUUGGGGGGGGGAUCCACACUUGCCAGUCAAAUCCAUUGUGGUUUAAUUAGAAUAGGCAAGUGUAGCUACAGAACUUUUGGUCUAUCCAACUUCUACCAAAUUGAAUUAAGAACUCCCACCUCCCUCUCCAUUUAAUCAUUCAUGCCAUCAAGCUCUGGAUUUAUAUUGUUGCCCCCCCCCCCAAAAAAAAGAGUUCAUCAUGGUGAAAUCAUUUGUUUUGAAAGGUAUCCUCUAAUUAUCUUGAAUAUGCUGAUUUGGGGAAGUUUACAUAUAUGUUAUGAGAUUUAAUAAAAAUUGUUGUCAUGUGUUAUGUUCCUCUUGUAUAUUAAUAAAUGAAUGUUUGGAACAUGAAUCAUUUAUAUCUGUUUUUGUUGUAUUCAUUGCUGGAUUUAUAAUAGAAAGCUCUAAUAAUUGAAAAUUGACAGAACCAUUUCUUUAUGGCAAGAUUAUGAGUUGAUGUGUUUGAUUAAAUCUUAUGGAAGUGCUCUCAACAUCAAAUGCUCAGAAAAAAAUAGUCUAAUAGACACCAACAUGUUUAUUUUGAAAGCUGACUGGAAACCAUUUUCCUCUAGCUUUUUUUUUUAUUAUUUUCUUACAAACUUCCAUAACAUCACUUUCAACCAUACUUGUUCUGUGAUCAGUAAAUCUGUACAAAUCCUAAAAAAUGCAACAAAAAAAAGGGUGUGAAAUCAUGAUUUUAAAAUCACAGAAUCCUAUUUCAAAAUGGAUGAAUAUUCUCGACAUCUGGGUCUUGCACAAUGUAAAUAUACCUGGGAACUAAUUAAAAUCAAGGAUUCCACAAUUUUUUUGAGAUUAUACUCUGGUUAUGAAAGGUUUGAACCAAGUCUUUCUGAAACGACACCAGCAGACAAUUAUGAUUGACCUUAUGCAAUUAUUGUUAUACUGAUGACUUUUUUUCCUUUAAAGGUAAAUACUAGUAAAA